AUGUCUAGCCCUAGACGUAGGAUUGAGACUGAUGUCAUGAAGUAUGUAUUUUUCUUCAACUACUUGUUGAUGUCGGAUUAUGAGGUAACUCUUGUAAAUGACAACACGCCAUUUGAAGGCGGCCUUUGGAAAAUCCACGUCGAACUACCGGACCAAUAUCCAUACAAAUCCCCUAGUAUUGGCUUCGUGAACCGCAUCUUUCACCCCAAUAUCGAUGAGUUGUCCGGAUCUGUCUGUCUCGAUGUCAUAAAUCAAACUUGGUCGCCUAUGUUCGAUAUGAUAAAUAUUUUUGAAGUAUUCCUUCCGCAGUUACUCAGAUAUCCAAAUCCCACGGAUCCUUUAAAUGGAGAGGCGGCGGCACUGCUUAUGAGAGAUUCGAAGGCUUAUGAUUCGAAGGUUAAAGAAUAUGUCACGAAAUAUGCGAGUAAAGAUGCAGCGGACGAAGCGGGCGCCGAUGAAUCAGACGACGAUACAAUGUCCUCAGUAGCUAGUUUCGAUGAUGAUGAAAAUGAUGAGGCAGCGGGUACGAUGGAGGAAAUUUAA